AUGCCUUGCGCGGGCACCCCUCUCGUGCGCGUGGGCGGCAACGUCCUUCUGCGCGCACCAAAGGUUUCUAGGCCCGCGCGGAGGCCAAGGGUCACAGCACCGUCCGUCCUCGCUGGAUGGCCGCGGCCCCGCGCCGCAGCCCCCGCCGCGGUGCUGGCGCAGCAGCUGGAGCAUGCGCCGGCGGCCAGCUGCUGCCUGGAGAUCCCGGCGCCCCCCUCGCAGCGCGAGCCGCUGUGGUGCGAGCAGGAGCAGGGGGCUGGCGGGGCAGAGCAGCCGAUUGAGCUUCGGCGCCAGAUCUUCUGCAACAGGUCACUCAACAUGAAACAGAUCAAGGCCAUCGGCUUUGACAUGGAUUACACGAUCGCACAGUACAAGCCCAAGGCGUUUGAGGAGCUUGCUUACAGGGAGACGGUGGACAAGCUUGUGCGCGCGUUUGGCUACCCCUCCUCCCUGUAUGGGCUGUCCUUUGACUACUCCUUCAUGAUGAGGGGCCUGGUGGUGGACAAGAAGAGGGGGAACAUAAUCAAGGUGGACCGCCACAAGUACGUCAAGAUCGCGUAUCACGGGUUCAGGUGA